AUCAUCAUCUUCUUCUUCUUCAUCUUCACCUUACCCAUUUAACCAGAAACAAAAACCAAACCUUGGAACAAAACACUUUUUGGACAUAGUAAACUCUUCUCCGUAACUUCCUUCCCCCAAAACCCUUCCCUUAAAUCCUCAACAGAAACCACCAAAUGUCAAUCACACACCAACUUCACCUUAACACAAACUGAACCCAAAAACCCAUCACUUCUACUUUCUCACAUCCCCCAUUUCAGCCAUGGCUGUAGCUCUAUCAGCCUCAGCAUCUCCAUUCACCUCAAAAUCGAUUCUUUCCAAAACCCUCUUCAGAUUUUCACCAAAACACUUCACUCCCCUAUCCAAACCACCCCAACUCAAUUCAAAUACACUCAUAAAGCUUCAACCUUUACGCCCAUCAAUCCCUAUUCUCAAAGCUUCUCCUCCACUAGCUUCUUCCCAUGGGUUUGAGGAAGAUGAGGUCUUGUCAAUUUUCGAGGAAAAGCCUGUGAAAUUUGGGCUUUGGGUGUUGUUUUGGGCAUCUGUUUCACUUGCUUGGUUUGCGGCUUCCGGGGAUGCCAAUGCAGCUGCCAAUGCUGCUGCUGCUGAUUCGAUCAGAGCUUCUUCUUUUGGUGUGAAGAUUGCGAAUGCGCUUCGGGGUUUGGGCUGGCCUGAUGAGGCUGUGGUGUUUGCAUUGGCGACGCUUCCGGUGAUUGAGCUUCGUGGGGCUAUUCCUGUUGGUUAUUGGUUGCAACUCACGCCUGUUAUGUUAACUGUUCUAGCUGUUCUUGGGAACAUGGUUCCUGUGCCCAUCAUCAUACUUUACUUGAAGAGAUUUGCAACUUUCCUUGCUGGAAAGAAUAACGCCACAUCUCGGUUCCUUGACUUAUUGUUUGAAAAGGCUAAAAAGAAAGCUGGCCCUGUAGAGGAGUUCCAAUGGCUUGGUCUGAUGCUAUUUGUGGCUGUGCCUUUCCCGGGAACAGGAGCAUGGACAGGAGCCAUUAUAGCUUCUAUUCUCGAUAUGCCAUUUUGGUCGGCAGUGUCUGCAAAUUUCUUUGGUGUUGUAUUGGCUGGGCUUCUAGUAAAUUUGCUGGUGAACCUUGGUCUCAAAUAUGCUAUUGUUACUGGCAUUGCUCUCUUCUUUAUUUCUACGUUCAUGUGGAGCAUUCUGCGGAAUAUUAAGAAGUCCUUAAGCUCAUCAACUUGACAUGACAUUUGAAACCUUGAAGUAAUCCAAUCCGUCUCACAGGUUUAACUGAUGACUCUGAAUGUUGAGACUGUUCUGCAUACCCUAUUGACUCUGCUACAUGUUUUCUGUCACUGCAUAAUUGGAAUCAGUACACAAUAUGCUGUAAAAGAUCUAUUAAUGUUUUGCGAUGCUAUAAACAUAGAUGGAGUAAUAUGAGAUGCAUCUUUCU